GUCCCGCCCCCGUGUUGGGGCCUGAGCCGGGGACCCGUCGCGCUGGCCGCCGCCCUGAGACGGUCACGUGAAGGCGGAACGCAGCGGGGGCCUCCGCGAUCGGGAAGGACAGAGUCCGUUCGGGUCGCCGCGACGCCCACAUCCCUGCCCUGCGUGCCGCAUCGCGAUGCCCGGGGUUCAGCUCAGCUCUGGGGUGCAGCGUCUGAGCCCUGAACCCCCGGAGGAGCUGCCCACCCGGGAGAACCUUCUCCUGGCAGCCGCCUAUGUUUCCGAUGCCCAGUACAACAGAAAUGUGCCCUUCCAAACGUCCCCUCAGGCGAUCAGGCUUUACUGUCUUUACAACCACUGGACCACGCGAGUGGCCACGUACUUCUUCAUCUGUGUGGACCUUUCUCUGGCCCUGUUUGAGGAGCCCGCGCUGUUCCCGUUGCCCUUUGUGGCCACAGCCCUAGUGGAAGUGCUCUGCCUGGCUGUGUUCUCUGCAAGGCUGGUGCACUUUGCGAAAGUCACUCCUCAGAUGGUUUUCUGGAAGGACACGAAGAACAUCUGCAUCGUGGUAACCAUCAUGGUGACCCUGAUUGACCUCAUUAUAUACGGGUCACUGGAAGCCGUGCGCAUCCACAGUGUUAGAUGGACAAGGGCCUUGAGGCCGGUCUUCCUCAUUAACUUUCCUGAAAGUCGUCAGAUCCGAAGGGCUUUCCGAAGCAUCCGGAACACUCUGCCGGACAUCCUUUAUGUCUUCCUCCUGUUCCUGUUCAGUGUGCUCAUGUUCUCCCUAAUGGCCUUGAAGCUUUUUGGGGACAGGAGGCUGAAAACAGUGGAAGGAGCUCCUUACUUCACAAAUCUUCUGGAAAUAGCGUUUGAGCUCUACGUGCUAGUCACUACUGCAAACAACCCUGACAUCAUGAUGCCUGCCUAUAACUUCAGUUGGUGGUAUUCCUUGUAUUUUAUAACCUACAUCAUCAUCAACACCUACAUCUUCAUGUCCGUCUUUCUGGCCGUGGUCUACAACAACUACAGGAAACACUUAAAGAACGAGAUCCGCACACUGGCGCACCUGAAGCGUUACAAGAUGAUAGAGGCAUUCGACAUUCUCAAAGUCAAGGUGGGCACAGCGUUUGUGGUAAAGGAGGCCAUGUGGAGGCAGCUGGCCAAGGCGGUGGCGCCAGACAUCAGCAGCUCCCACCUGGAGCUUCUCCUGAGGAUCUCCGACGACAGACAGCAGGGGUUUGUGGACAAGAUGAACUUUCUCCGCCUGGCUGACCUCCUCAACAUCCAGGUGGUCACUGUGAACCUCAGGAGGCACCCGCUGGGAGCUUGGAUGCCGCAGGUCUACCAGUCAUCCCCGAGCCUCUGGGUCCAGAGGGUGGUUCGGCACAGGGCUUUUGUCUGGGUGUAUGACAUCAUCAUUCUAAUCAAUGCUGUAUUCAUUGCUCUGGAUGAGAAACACCCCUUCAUUUCCUAUGCAGAAUGGCUUUUUCUUGCUCUCUAUAUUAUUGAGAUCCUCUUGAAACUGUACACAUAUGAGCCCGGAGCUUAUUUUGGAAGGAAGCAGUUCUGGAACUGGUUUGACAUGCUAAUCAUCAUUGCAGCUCUGGUGGCCACCAUGGCAAAUGCCACCAUUCAGUCAGCAAAAAAAUAUAACAGUCGCCAGAUCCUGGAUAUUGUCUUGAUAUUGAGGAUAUUGCGGCUUCUGAGGGUCAUCAUCAGCAUUGAGAGGUUCCGGGUGAUAGUCACAACUUUGAUUAAUAUCGGUCCCACGAUGCUGACAUUUGGUGGGCUUGUCUUUGUGGUCUACUACGCAUUUGCUGUCAUUGGGAUGGAGCUGUUCCAUGGCAAAGUCCAGUUCUUUGACCCAAAUAUCACAUCACCUGAUGCCCUGGUGUGUGGCAACCCAGCCCUGAAGGGGUCAGCAUUUGCCCGAGACAGGUACUGCAAGAACAACUUCAACGACCUGGCCUCUUCCUUCAUUGUGCUGAUGGAGCUCACAGUCGUGAACCAGUGGCAUGUCCUCGCAGGUGGCUUUGCCCUCGUGACACAUCAGGUGGCAAAGCUGUACUUCAUCUUGUUCCACAUUGUGGUCGUCAUCCUUAUUGUUAAUAUUUUCAUAGCGUUCAUCUUGGAGGCAUUCUUUGUGGCAUAUUCAUUAGGAAAGAGUGAGAUAGAAACCGCCAUAGAAAAGAAGAUCCAGGAGCUCGGAGUGGGAAUCCAGGAGGAAGACAUGCAGGACUGGAAGCUCACUGGUGACACAGGUGCCAGGGAUUCCAGCUUCGGUGGCAAUGACGGUGACAACAGGGCAGAGGCCUCGAAAGGACUGUACUUUAGAAUUGCGUCAAAAAAAUACCGGACUGUGGAUGCCUUGCUGCAGCGAAUGUUUGAAUCUGAAAUUACUCCCAAUGAUGAAGGCCCCUCCCUGGAAGAGAUUCUGAACUUCUCACCCAGCGACAUAUACCCCAAGAAUCCUAGUUUUGAAAACAGUGCCUGAUUCUGAACUUGUGAGCGUCCUUGUCUGGACGCCAGGAGAAUCUGCAUCCUUUAUUUUGUACGAGCUAGCUGGAGAUGGCUUUUCCAGCCUGGGCCCAUUUUCUGAGCAGAUAAGGCUGUGGACAGGCCUUGCUUGUCCUCAGUGGUCAGCUGCAUGGUAUGGGAAGCCCACUGCCAUGUGCCCCACCUGGGGGUGACUCUUAGGUUUGGUCCUGAGGGUCCACACCUGGAAACCAAAAUAAGCUGCCAUCUUUUUCUACAUAUGCUAGCUGGAGAUGACUUUCCCAGCCUGGGAUCCCUGUUGUGAUCAGCUAAAUCUGUGAAUCAACUUGACCUGUCCCAAGUGGUCAGGUCACUU